AUCACUGUCUGUCCACGGGGGUCUGCUCUGCUUGCACAGCAGCAAAGAGUAGAUAAUAGAAGCAGCAUUCAGUGUGGACGGAAGUGGUGCCGGAGAGGAGGAGGAGUUCAGAGCAAAAACAGCCGUCUCAACAAAAUGUGGACAUGCUGACUCCUCCCUCCGCCUGCAGCCAGAGGAGCAGGGCGGCCGAAUGAGAGCUCAUCUAUACUCCCCUAAAGCAUAUCAUCCAUACCUGAGGAGAUUCACGACUAACGCAGCGCAUUAAUGACUGUCAUUAAAGACACUUUUCCUCCCUUCUCGGAUGGUUUUCUUCCUGCGGUGGAUAUCUGUUGAAGGAGUUUAGGAUUCUGAAGCCACACUUUUUUUUUUCUCCAAGCUCUCAACGUACCACUACUUUAUUCCUGCACGGAUUUAACCGUUUAGAAAUAGUAAAUGUGUAGUUUUGGGAGGACCAGAUAACCUCGGUAUCUUUUUUUAUUUAUUUUUUUAAACCUGAAAACUUGGAAUCUCCUAAUGUUUUUAACCUGGAACUGGGAGCCAUCGGAGUGCAUGGCCAUGUAGCCCAAAGGAAAUGGCCUGAUGCUGCAGACGCCACAGCAGACAUAUCCUGCCAGUAAUCUGAUAUUUUCCACCGUGGCUCAUCUGGAAAUCUCGGAGUAGAGUUUGUCCAGUUUCUCUGCAGCCCCCCCUCCUCUUUCAGAGAUGGAUUUGGGGCUGUCGGCCCACACUGGUUCCUGUGUCUGUUGGAAGCAUCAGAGUGUCUGUUGGUGAGGGACCCCCAACAGGCCCAGGAUGCCAGGAUGCCCAUCACUCAGGACAACGCCCUCAGCAUCCUCCCACUGCUGGAGAACUGGCAUGGGGCUCAGACCACAAGAUCACAGCAGGACCACAACCUGAAUCAGGACAAUGCUGGCUACAAGCAGGUGGAUCAGGACUCCUACCAGAAUGGAGAAGGGGACAGUGUGUGCAGUAGCAGCAGUGUUAACAGUGUUAGUGUGGAGGACAUGGCCCUGUGUCUGGCUGCCAUUCAGAAACUGAUGGAGUACAUUAACUUUAACUUCAUGGAUGCUGACACCGCUCCAUCGGUCAGCCCGUUCUCCUGCAGGGAGGGGUUAGACGUUGAGGUUCACGCUGUCUCCCUCAGUAAAGACGGUGGGGACACCGCUGAGUUUGGCCUCAGCUUCGGUAACAUCCCUAUUUUUGGGGAUCCUGACGGGAGAAAGAAGGGAGGCCCGAGGAGGAGGAGGGACCAGGGCCCCAUCAUGGAUGUAGGCUGCAUCUGGGUCACAGAGGUGAGGAAGAGGAGCCCAGCAGCCCGCUGUGGGGGGAUCAAACUGAGAGACGAACUGCUGUCACUCAACGGACAGCUGAUGGUGGGAGUGGAUGUCAGUGGGGCCAGUUACCUGGCUGACCAGUGCUGGAAUGGAGGCUGUAUCUACCUGAUCAUGCUGCGGCGAGUCAAGCGGAAGGCUCCUCUCCCUCCCUGUAACAUCAACGGCGGCGUCGGUACCCCCAUCAGCAGCAACAGCUGUGAAGACCAGCAGCGGGCCAGAGCGGCCUCUGAGCCCUCGGUAGGCUCGGCAAACUGCAAACGCACACGCAAGUUCGGUGUCAUAUCGCGAUCGUCCUUUAACCGAGACAACAGGGACAGCACCGACUCCGAACUCCAGAGCUGUUACAACGGCUGCAAUGGCUCCUCCACUCCCACUGAUGCAGGAGUCAGUCCUCCAGCAGAUGACUCAGGUUGCGUCGUCUCCACACACACACCCACAGAGGAAAGCAAAGACACCUGUCCUCAGGUGAGAACUAUUCCCCAACAUCUACUCAGAGGAAGCACUGCUACCCUGCCUGCAAGGUGUCACAGUCAGCUGCUGGAGUGCAAAAUGGAUUCUUUCAGCAGUGAAAAUUCAAGCCAGCCCAGAGAGGGCAGCUACAUCUGGAAGAUGCAUAUGGUGAAGGGCGAGGAGGGCCUGGGCAUACAGAUAACAGGAGGGCGUGGCUCCAAGCGCUCGCCUCAUGGGAUCAUUAUCGCUCAUAUAGAGAAGGCUGGUGCCAUUUACAGGGACGGUCGUCUUCAUGCUGGUGAUGAGUUGCUGAUGAUUAAUGGUCAGUCUCUGGUGGGUCUCACUCAUCAGGAGGCUGUUAGUAUCCUCCGCUCCACUUCUGGUCUGGUCCAGCUGGUGGUGGCCAGCAGGGAGGAGUCAGACGUGGGUUUUGAGCGCUUCCCGUCCACCAGUCUGCCCGACCUGGUCAGCACCUGCAGUUCCUUGUCCUCCCUGUCUCAGACUGCUCCCUCUCACUCCUCACAGACCUCCAACUGUAGCACCAGUUUACACAACCCCUUCCUGUUCACUAACUUGGAGAAACUAGAAGGACAGAGUCCGGGAGAGGCACCCAAAGGAUCCUGCUGCAGCCCCACACCCAAGAAGCUUUGCAGUCGAUCUCAGGGGGGCAGCAGUCGUCUGGAGUCGGUGGGUGAGGACGAUGAGCUGUUUGUGGAGAACGGUGUGAGCAGCUGUGAAGUGGUGGAGAAGCCUCCACCUGGUCGACGUAAACACUCCUUACCUCAACAACUAGAUACUGUUGGAGUGAGACAGGAAUAUCAGAUCAUUAAGAAAUCAGCCCGCUCCCUGAGCACCAUUCAAGUGGAGUCUCCAUGGCGACUGGCACAGCCGUCCAUUAUCUCCAGCAUAGUGCUGAUGAAAGGCCAGGGCAAGGGCCUAGGAUUCAGUAUUGUUGGUGGGCAGGACUCAGCACGUGGUCAGAUGGGGAUUUUUGUCAAAACUAUUUUCCCUCAUGGAGCUGCAGCAGCUGAUGGACGACUGAAAGAGGGAGAUGAGAUUCUGGAAGUGAACGGAGAGUCUCUCCAAGGACUCACACACCAACAGGCCAUCCAGACCUUCAAGCAACUGAAGAAAGGUGUAGUGACGCUGACGAUUCGAACCCGUCUGCGCAGUCCCAGCCUGACACCCUGUCCAACCCCCACCCUCCUCAGCCGCUCUAGCUCACCCAACUCCAUUGCCAGCGGGGGGACACCUGUCCCCUCAGGGUUGGAAGAGGCUGACGCCCACAGGGGCCCUGGUCCUGGUCCAAAGGACUGCAUCAUCAUGGAGGUCACACUUAAUAAAGAGUCUGGUGUUGGUCUUGGGAUUGGAGUUUGCUGUCUGACCCUGGAGAACUCUGCUCCUGGCAUCUACAUCCACAGCCUGGCACUGGGUUCUGUGGCUAAGAUGGACGGCAGGCUCAGUCGUGGCGAUCAGAUACUGGAGGUGGACUCAGUCAGUCUUCGUCAUGCUGCUCUCAGCGAGGCCUACGCCAUCCUCAGUGAAUGUGGCCCUGGACCUGUCAGUCUCAUAAUAAGCAGGCAUCCUAACCCCAAGGUUUCAGAACAGGAGAUGGAUCAAAUUAUUGCUCGAUCCACACACAGGGACAAAAUGAACAAAAACAGACACUCCUCUCACUCCCAAGGUUUGUCCUGUAAGAGCCCCAACCCAACGAUGAAGGACAGGCAGGGAGACGGCUCCCCUACUCUCAGCUGGACCAUGAAGAGAUUCCUUGAGCCGGCCAGCAGACAGGGCUCUCUGAGCUCAGAGACAGAGUUAUCUCAGUACUUCUCCCAGGACGUUUCCAGCAACUCCUUCUUGUCUGAAUCCAUACUGAUGGGCUCCAACAGCGAUGAGGCGCUCCACCAGCAGAGCUGCAGUACUUCCAUGGAGGACAACUCAUCACGGCCACAUGAAGUGGAGAGUAGCUCAUCACAAGACAAGACCCCUGCUCCUCUUCAUCACCAUGUCGAGGCAGUCUGCCAGCCCAUUGCUGUCUCCAGCCCCGCCUCAGUGCGAAGCCCACUACUCCGUCAGCGACGGGUGAUGUGCUUUGAGGAUGAGCUCAGUGAUGAUGAGGACUCCGACAACACUAGAAACACUGGGAUCUUCCACAGGCCAACAAAAUCUGACCCUGUGAACUUCAGCGAUGCCCGAGCAUCCGGAAUUACCAAAACUGAUUCAGCAGUUGCGACCGCUGCAUCAUCAUUGGAUAUAAAUGGAAACAGUGAAGAUGGUGGGGAUUUGCAGAGGUGUGGAAGCCAUGAUGUGCCAACACCACUCUAUGGUAGUUUCUCACAGUGUGAGGAGGGUAUUACCAAUAAGUCUGACUCACUUGGUUCUGAGUCACCCCUCAUGCCUAUCCGCAAAGCAGGGGGGGCAAGCAGUAUGGGCUCUGGGCUCACUAAUUUGAUCAUCAAUAGUGAGAACUAUACAAGUCAAGAUGAUGGACAGUUGGAGUCAAAGCGCUCCCCCAAGCUUGAGCAUAAAGCAGUGACACGGGUCAAAAGUAUGAUGAGCAUUGAAGCACCAAACCUGCCCCAGCAGCUUAAGUCCAAGGUUGAUGAUCCCUCUCCAGGCUCGGGACCAUCCCAGCCCCCUUCCCACACCACACAGUCUGGAAGAAACCCCAAGACUGCUGGUGGGUUGGUACCCCAUCAGCACUGUAAGAAGGAAGAUGCCAGUGAGCUCGUGGGCGUUUUUACCAUCGACACUGUGACCCUGAGGAGAAGUGAGGACGAGUCAUUCGGUCUUGACCUGGAGAUUAUGUCAUCUCCUCUGAAAGUCGUCAUUUCUGCGCUAAGGCCCGGAGGUGCAGCAGAAAGGGAAUCUACGGGUAAGCUGUGUCCUGGAGACGAGAUUGUCAAAAUUGGAGAAAAAUCGGUGCGCUCCUCUACUUACCAGGAAAUCUGUGAGCUCAUGCACAACCUUCCCAUUACACUGUCCUUGGAAAUUAAGAGACCGGUUUCAGCUGUAGAUCGAUUGUCCAGUUUGAUAAUGUCAUCAGGGAGCAGUGAUGGAGCCACUACACUGAACGCAGCCAGAUCUGUCCAGGGGACAUCUCAUGAAGGACAAGUAACGAGUGCAAAUGUGGGGAAUUCCAACCACACAACCGAAACAGACCACGACUUUCAAAUACCCAUCACCAAUAUAGAUGACAUUUUAUCAGAAGUGAGCCUCUGCAGUGAUAAAAAUACACACACCAAAUCCCCUGACAAAACGUUAUCUAAAGAGCCUGUAUCCUGCUAUUCAAGCCAACACACAGUAACUCUGUCUGAGAAAGCUGCCAUUCAGGUUCCAGUACAGUCCGGUCCCUUGGACUGUUCCAUCUCGGAUGUAGGAAGUGAAAAAGGUGCCAUACCCCCCGUGGAGACAACACAACUCAAUAGAUCACGUCCCGAACUGCCUGAAGCUGGUUCUAAGUCCAUGUACCCCACAGGAGAUGACAGUGAUUCAAACAGUAACUCCACCACUGACAGCAAUGUAAUGGUCAAUAUGAAGGCCGGCAGUGGUGGUAGUCUUCAUGAGCUCUCCUCAGAUGAGGAGGAAGUGGAGUUUUGUUCAGGUGACGCCCAGCAACCUGCUGCUGGUGGACUCUCUCAGUUAAGCCAGUCGCCAAAUGGAUCUUCAUCUUUUCAGCAUGCCAGCAGUCAAAAUACAAACCUGGAUCAGACCUCAGACGUGUUGCAGGUCUCCGCUGAUGUUUCACUGACAAACAAAGAAGACUCUGUUACAACAGCCCAGCAACAAAAACAGCCGCUGCUCUCUCAGGUAUUAGGGGUCUCCUCUACAGAACAACCGUGCCAAUCUUCCAACAGCACAAUACCUGUGUAUUCUGCAGAGUGCCACAUUAAUCGUGCCACUGAACCCGUCAAAGUUAAAGCAUGUGUGGCAUCCAGUCCUGGAAGUCUAAGCACUUCCAGCAGCCCCUCCCCAUCAGACACCCACAGUGUCACUCAGGGUACUACUGCAAAUUUGCAUGCAGAUAGCUCGUUGACCUCAGCACCCCGUUUACCUUCAGUGGAAUCAGAAGAAACCUCAGGUUCAAGCAUCGGCAGAUCAGAUACAAGAGUGUCUGCAUCGAUGAUAAACAAAGAAAAAGCCUUGGACUGUAGAACUAGUUUAACCCCCCUUGCUAGCUCCGUGCUUAAGAAGACCUCUGGGCUGAAACUCCUUGAUAAUUCAGACCAUCUUGUAUGGAGUAGCUUUAAACUCCAGGUUGAAAGUCAAAUCAAACUAAACACUAGUGCUCCCAAAUUGAAGGGCCUUAGCAUUAAGAAUAAGAACAAACCACAGGAGGAGCCUCUCUGCAAAAGUCCAGUUCCUGUAACCACCAAUGCUUCCUUGAAGCCGGCAACAAAAUCACCACCAACAGCAACCAUGUCCUGCUUUUUGAAGACCAAUAACCUGCCGGAUAUGAACAAUUGCCUUCAUUUGCCCAAAGUAAGUGGGCCUUCAGGUAAUGCAUUACAAACUGUACAACUGGCCAAACAGAAGGACAUCCAUUUAGGCUCCAAAGCGCCAGCCAAAUCACAAAGCCCCACACACACCCCUGCCACUCAGAGAACGUUUAUAGAAGUUCGUCUGUCUUCCUUAUCUGUUUCAUCGCCACCAGUUAUGGCACACAGCGAAACAGUGAUUUCAAAAGACUUUAAACUCACUCAGAGAAGCACAGAUGCGAGAUUAGCACCCGUGCUUUCUCCUGCCAACUCCACAGUAGUAAAAAACAACGGCACGGUCAGCAACACAGUAUUUAAUUCACUGUGUUCUUCUAAAGAAACUAAUUCAACCACAAGUAAUGGCUCAAAACUCAGUACUACUGUGGAGACAAGUGAGACCCUGAAGACUAGCACAUCCAGACUGUACAUAAAGACAAUGGAAAGGCGAAGCUUCACCACAGACACCGCCGACUACAAUCCCUUCUCUGUCCGACAUAAGAUCAAGUCCUUUGAAAACCUGGCUAACUUUGACAAGCCGGUGGCUAAAAACAGCGACAUACAGUCUUAUGCUGUGGCAUAUAGAGCCUCGCUUAACCAAAGGAUUGCUGGUUAUAUGGGCGUGGUUAAUUCUAUUGACUGCCGGGCACGGCAAAGGAGUUUCAGUUCUUACGUGGACAAUCUUAUCCCUACCACACCCUGCUCACCUCUUCUUGGUAAAUCUCCAUCUAGCAUUACACUGAUAAACCUUGAGCUUCCACAUUCGAGCUGUAAUGCAGCUCUCCCAACUGAGGCUCAAGUUCAAAGAGCUCCAUACGGGUACGCACCACAGACCCCUGAGGUGCUGCGGAGGAAACACAGCAAACUUCACCGCAGCAGGCUGCGGCAGCUCAGGGCUCUCAGUAUGCCUGAAUUGGAAAAACUAUGCACAGAGGACUUUACCACGGGCCACCACGGUACAGAUGUAGAUACAACUGAGCCUGCCAGCUAUCCUAUUAUACUUAUGGAAGACACAGCGACUAAGAGCUUGCCACCCUCUGCAACCCCGACAAAAGUGGAUGUCAACAGGGUGAGCCAAGGUGACCUUGGAUCCACUGAAGAGACCCCUCAAGGAACCCCAGAGGCCGAUGGACAACAGCCUGGCUGGUCAAUCAGUUUAAAGGAGCUGGCUGCUUCUCCUGCGAGUCAGCGUAAGCUGCAGACACUGCUGUCCUCCCAGACGGUGAAAUCAUAUGUGUCUGCCCUGCUUCAGGAGGCCGAGGCCCUCUCAGAGGUUAACGAUAAUACUCACCUCGUGGUCCUGAGUAAAGAAGAAGGCUCGGGGCUUGGUUUCAGUGUUGCUGGUGGAGUCGACCUUGAGCAGAAGGCAGUAACAGUUCAUCGGGUCUUCACCAAAGGAACAGCUAGCCACGAAGGCACAAUCCAGAGAGGUGACAGCAUUUUAUCCAUAAAUGGCACAAGUCUGGGGGGUAAAACCCAUGGAGAGGCUGUGUCUUGCCUUCAUCAAGCCAGGCUAUCCGAUCAAGCCUUAGUCGUCAUCUGGAGAGACAAGGAUGGUGAACUGAUUGUCUCUGACACACAUGACUCGGCUGGCCAUCCAAAGAGGAUGUGUUCUGCCAGAAAGAAGUCUUCGGAAGCUGGAGCAGUGGUGGAUGUGGGUCCAGACGGUGCUUUAACGGUGGAGCUACACAAGUCUUCUGCCGGCCUGGGUUUCAGUCUGGAAGGGGGGAAGUCCUCAAGCCAUGUAGACAGGCCUCUCAUUGUCAAACGCAUCUUUCAAGGGGGCGCCGCAGAGCUGUCCGGGUUUAUCCAAGUUGGGGAUGAAGUUGUGUCUAUCAACGGCUGUUCUCUGGAGGGCCUCAUGCACCAUGAUGCCUGGAAAAUCAUCAAAGCCACUAACGAAGGGCCGAACCACCUCCUCAUCCGCACCCAGUACCUGACUAUAAUGAACUAGGAAACAGGAAGCUCCUGAGAAGGACAAAUGUGAAACCGCCUUCUAAAACAGUGUGUGGACGAGCAGUAGAAACGAGGACGGGCAAUUUCCCACUUUUUACACAUUUUCUGAUGGACUUCAUUUGAGAUUUUGUGUUUUGUCUUGUUAUAUGUGUUUGUACUUAGGAAUAGGUGAAAUUGGAUGGACCACUAACUAUUGUGGUGUACAUUGCUGAAUUAUGAUUUAUUUCAGAUGGGAAGUGCAGUUUGUUUACAAUAGAUUAACUUUGGAACACUAAAGAAAACAGUUUUUUUUUUAAUAAAGUCAGAAUGUGAAAGGA